AUGGAUUCUGCAAUAAGUAAAUAUUGUACAGCAAUAUGUGAUCAAAAACAACAACUUUCAGCUGAAGAACUACAAUCUUUAUUUAAUUUAAUUGUGGUUGAAUUAAAUAAUAAUAAUCAUCAUUCGAUAAUUGAUGAGUAUAUUCAAAUAAUUGAUGCAUUAAAAAAUAUUUAUAGUUUAACAUUAAUUGAUCCAUCAAUUGUUAAUAAUGAACUUUUUCAUUUGCUACGAAAUUAUUUAACUGAUAUAUUAAAUAAGUGGUCCAGUGAUAUUGUUUUAACCGACAAAGAUGAAUAUUUAUUUCAAGAAAUUGUUGAACUCUUUUCUAAAAUGAUAAAACAUAUAAAAACCACAAAUCAAGUUCUAACAUCAACAUUUCAAAUGUGGUUUUUAAAUGAAUUAUUUUUUAAAGCAAUAGCUUCGUUAUUAGAAGAUAUAUCCAUAAAUUCUUCUAAAUAUUCAACUCAAAAUCAAAAUAUGGAAAGUUUAAGUACCCUCAUUCAAUCAAUUCGAUUUUUUCAAAGUGGUUUCGAUUGUAUUAG